AUGCGACGGUCAGAUGCACACAAACCUCGGGACCGUCACAUCACAGGUAUGGAGACGGAGAAGCUCAGCAGCAGCAGUAAGCACAUGUCUCUACCGGAGGUCGGGGUCUUCCUCACGCCUCCGUCGACGCCGGCGUCCCCGGCGGCGAACUCUCCCCCUCCGCGCGUCCCCACAGGGAAACCUUCCCGCGCACUUCCCGCGGGACUCCGGCAGCCCGACCCCGGACAGACCUUCGACUUCCCCGCGCCCUUCGCCGUGCCGCUCCACGAGGCGAGCCCGGGCGCUGCCCUGCGGCACCACCGGGAGGCGAUGGGCAUUCCUCCCCCGCCGGUUACCGGUCCCAAGCCGCCGCCGCCGCACCCGGGGGACCUCUCCGAGCAGCAGCUGGACCGCUUCCUCCGCCAGACGCGACGAGAGUUCUCCGACCUGCUCUCGGGACCGGACGAGCCUCCCCCCGCCGCCGCCGAGCGCAGGCAGACCGUGGUGUCUCACCACCACCUCCCCGGCCUGGAUCGCCCGCCCUCCCCGCCACGGCAACACCACCCUCUCCCCGGCAUGGAUCGCCCACCCUCCCCGCCCCGGCAGCAGCCUGGUCUCACCGACAGGGACCUGGAGGAGGUACAGACUCUGAUCAUGCAGGAAGUCAGCAGGGACAUCGAAGUCGCCUUCAAGGUGGUGCAGGUCCCCAGAGACCCCCGUACCUGGUCUCCCACGGACGUUGCCCGGUGGCUGCGGUGGACGGCUGACCAGUACCGCCUGCCGAACGUGUACCUGGAGUGUUUCCCGCUGGACGGCGCCCAGCUCUGCGACCUGGCGGAGCGCGAGUUCGUGUACCGCGCGCCCGAGUCCGGACAGAUCCUCUACGCGCUGCUAGACAUAUGGAAGUCCGGCAUCACCAACGGACCAGGCAGCCGGAGUACAGUAUGUACAAUCAACAAGAAACCAAUGUCUUUCCCUAACCCCUACAUGCCCAACUGCGCACCCUACCCCGCCUUACAGGACACCUCGCCUCCUCAGACGGAAAAAGCAGUGCAUCUAUGGCAGUUUCUGCGCGAGCUUCUCUCCCAGCCUGAAGCCUACAGCAGGUUUAUACGCUGGAUGGACAGAGGAAAAGGUAUCUUCAAAAUCGAGGACUCGGUGCAGGUGGCCAGACUGUGGGGCAUCCGUAAGUCCCGUCCUGCCAUGAACUAUGACAAGCUGAGCAGGUCCAUCCGGCAGUACUACAAGAAGGGCAUCAUCCGCAAACCAGACCAGGCACAGAGGCUCGUGUAUCAGUUCGUCAAGAACUGAGCACUAUAUUUCGUUUUCGACACGAUGAAUGUACAAUCAUGUAACAUAUUCUGUUAUGGAAAAAAAACUUUUAUAGGCUGAAGGGGCUUCCCGUGUAGUUGUGUCAAGAUGAAAUAAAUUUAGAUAAAUUUUGUUACGGGAAAUAAUUCGACAUAUAGGGGCAGACGACACUGUUAUAUACAGAACUGUGCUUCAUCCAGAAUCGUGCCACAUCCAGACCCAUAGUCAGACACGGUUCUGAAUAGUCCAGACAUGUAUAGAACCGUGCCCCACGUUUUUACAUACGCGUAGACUUUUCAGAAACUCAGCCUAACCGAGUCAGGAAUAGAACUAGAUAGACGCGGUUCUGGAUACACUAAAUGUAACAUAUUUUGUUCUGUGUAUACUGGCACAUGGGAACUUAUAAGGGGCUACCUGUUGUAUGAAGAAAAAAAAAUAGAAUUAAAUUGUUAGGGGAAACAAUGUGACAUACAGGUGCAAUCUUACGUAGUCUGUACCAUACUCAAUGGUUUCUACGGCAUUGUUUUAGUUGUUUUGUAGCUUUACGUACGUCCAUUGUAGCAUACAGACGUCCAUGUAUUGUUAUCAUACAUACAGUAUGAACCCAGAGGCUAUUUUGACAAUGCUAUCCUUAAAUCGGCCGCGUAAGGCGGCGUGUUUACAGCUAACUUUCAUCUCUUUUCAACUGGAGGCACAAUAUUUAUCAUCGUCAGCAGAGCAGGUGCAGAAAAUACGCACGCCGCAGACAAGUUUUUUU